GAAACUCUAUGGAAGACGGACCAGUAAUUGCGCAGGCGCGCAGGACGCGUUAUGUAGUCCCGGCCAAGUUCAACGUCCUAUCCUUCCGCAUGCUAGGGAACGCCCCCUCAGUCCUAGGACGGCCGCAGCGCGCCCCUCUUCCGCCGUGUAGUCUUCCGCUGGUGCCGCCGCCAUCUUGUCGUGGCCUACAGGCUGGAUAAAGUAAUUCGGCGGGAGAGAGAGCGGAGUGACCGAGAGAGAAGACAACCGGCGGAAGAUGUCGGAUCGCGCUGGAGGGAGUCAGGUAGCGCUGGACCUUGGAAAGAAGCUGCUGGAAGCCGCCCGCAAUGGCGAUGACGAUGAGGUCCGCCAGCUGAUGCAGAAUGGCGCGCCAUUCACCACAGACUGGCUUGGAACAUCGCCUCUGCACCUGGCGGCUCAGUACGGUCACCUAUCGACCGUCAAGGUGCUGCUGCAGGCCGGUAUCAGCAGGGACGCCCGGACUAAAGUAGACAGGACCCCACUUCACAUAGCGGCGGCUGAGGGGCACGCAAACAUCGUGGAUGUGCUUAUAAGGAACGGGGCCAGCAUCAAUGCUAGGGACAUGCUGGAAAUGACGUCGUUGCAUUGGGCCAUGGAGCACAAUCGGCAGGACGUGGCAGACCUCCUCAUCAAGAACGGGGCGGAUCUCUACUCUCACAGCAAAUUCGGCAAAAACGCCGGCCGCCCUGAUGAUGCCACAAAAAUGCUGCAACGACAGCUGCAAGAGGCCAACCUGCGAGCCAGCGAGUACAGGCAGCAGCUCCUGGCCAAGGAACAGGAAGCGGAGGGCUACCGGCUAAAGCUGGAAGACCUGGAAAGGCACGUGAACGGAGACGACACCACAGAAGUGAUCAUAGAGGGAGACACGUAUAUCGUGUCAACAGAGGAACUGGAGGGGACGGAGGUCACGGAGGUAGAGACAGUGGAACACCACAGUGACAUUACCACGAUGUGACGCGCGGCGGCCUUGUAAAAGGUCUCGGAUGUACAGAACUUAUUUUUUUGAUUUUCUCGAGAUGUCUCAGGAGAAGCUACAGGGAUGGGCUGGAGAUUUGGUGAUCUGCUGUCCAAUGUUGGAGGCCUCCUCGAAGUGCUGAAAUCUUUCGACCUCUGUUCUCGAUUGCUUCCAUUCCAGGUGACCCAGCAGUCUUUGGGCUCUUAAGAAAAGUAAUCGGUAGGUUGACCCUUUCAAGUUGGCCUGCCGCCGCCGCCACCACCGUGGGUAUCUCAAAAUGGGCGUAUGAUGGGGAGAACGUGAACCGUACCUUGCUUUUAAAAUUGUUUUCUUGGGUCAUAGCCGUGAUAAAGUGUAGUGUGAUAAAGUGUAGGGACUUGCGGUGCCACUCCGUGUGGAUCUUAGACUUGGAGCUUCCAAUUUUGCCCAAAUGGAGGUUAAUUUUCAUGACUACAACCUGUA